AUGGCCGCCUCCGCAAUGGUUGGCCCUCCUUCCAACUUGCGACCUAGUCGCUUCACAAUGUCCGAGAGAAAUCUCGGACUUAUGAUGGAAAUCAUUAGAAAAGAUCCAGAGUCUUAUGAAGAAGAAUUCCGUGAGCAGUUCGAUCAUUAUCUACAUACCAUGAAAUUGCUUCAUCUUCAACCUCAACAGCAUCGUCUGGAGCUUCAGCCACUCCUCGAAAGUGUUACUUUCCUAUCUGGUCUUGCCAAAUACUAUCCAAAGGAUUCAAAAGAGUUUUCUAGUAAUUUAAUAUCAAUUCUCAGUGAACAAGGUGCUGGACUCGACCCCGUCGUAAGAAUGGCUUUCUGUAAAGCACUUGUUAUGCUGAGGAAUCAGAAUUUGAUGGACGCCAUGGAGCUUAUGAAUGUAUUUUUCGAGCUUGUCAAAGUUGAAGAUAAACAUCUCAGAAAAUUCAUAUUGGGAGCCAUUUCUGCUCACUUGAAACGUUUGUAUAAUGUCAAGAAAGAUGCAAAGCUUCUAUCUAAAAUUAAAGCCUUUGUAUUUGCAAAGAUGAAGGAUUCUCGUGCUAUUGUGGCUCGUGCCGCUCAGUUAAUUGCCAUCGACGCUUUCCGUAAGAAUUAUUGGAGAGAAGGAAACACAGCGAAUGUGAUUGCUCAAGCUUGCUUUCAUAAAAUUCCUAAGAUUCAAGUUACAGCUAUGAAAUUUUUCCUCGGAUCUAAGAAAGAUGAAGAUGGAGACAGUGAUGAAAGUGAUGACGAAGAAGAAAAACAGGAAGAUAGCAAAACUUUAAAAGAAGUUAUGACAGCUUUCCGUCAUGGUAAGAAAACAAGAAAGAGAGAGAAUGAUCUGGAGAAGGCCAAGAAAGCUAUAUCCAAGAAGGCAAAAGCCAAAAAAGAGGGUCGUAGUCGGGAGUGCAAUCUUUAUGCCAUUCAGUGCUUGUUUGAUCCUCAGGAGUUCGUUGAUAAACUUUUCUCCAGCUUGGAAGGAAAGAAAGUAGAUAAAUUUGAAGUUCGGCUUUUCCGUGUUGCUUUAUGCGCGAGAAUUAUUGGUGUUCACCGAUUAGUUACCCUAGGUUUCUAUUCUUACUUACACAGAUAUCUUUAUCCUAAACAACGAGAUGUUACAAGAAUUCUUUUAUACGCCGCCCAGGCUUGUCAUGAGCUUGUUCCUCCCGAUACUGUUGAACAGCUUGUUCGAGUUAUAGCCAACAAUUUCGUAACUGACAAAAAUUCUCCAGAAGCUAUGACUGUAGGUAUCAAUGCUAUUAGAGAGAUUUUCCAAAACUGUCCAUUUGCUGCAACUGAAGAGUUGUUGAAUGAUUUGGCUGAGUACAAAACUUAUAAAAACAAAAAUGUUUCUAUGGCUGCUCGUGCUAUCAUCACUCUCUUCCGUAAUAUAAAUCCUAAGCUUCUCUCCAGAAAGAACAGAGGCCGUCACAUGCAACAGGAUGAUGAAGACUUGGAAUUCUCGGGAUAUGCCAGACCUAUUGUUGCCGAUUUCAUUUCUGGUGCUGAAGUAUUAGAAGAAGAACGCGAGGAAACUGGAGAAAUGGAAGUUGAUGAAACUAUGGACAGUGAUAUUGAUGUUUCUGAUGUUGACACAGAUGACGUGGACACUGAUGGUGAUGAUGGUCCUCCUUUGAAGAAACUCCGAAAAGACUCGAAAGCCGAUGAUGCUGAAGCUGACUCUGAAGAUGGUUGGGAAGAUGUUGAUGAUGAGGAUGGCGACGAAGGCGAAUGGGAGACCGAUGAUGGAGAAGAUGAAGAUGAAGAUGUAGAAGGACAAGAAGACGGAAUAGAAAUAGAUGAAGAUGAUGAGGAUGACGAUGCUGAUGAUGAAGAAGAAGAGGAUGAAGAAGAAGAAGAACAGAAAGACGUCGAAGAGAAAAAUACAAGCCCAGCCGUUCGUACUGUUAGUGCCAAACUAAGUGAGAAGAAGAAGAAGUUAACAAAGAUUGAUAAGGCACGCGAGAAAAAAGAAACCCUCAGGAAAGCCUCCAAAAUCAGUACUGACAGAAUUCUGACACAGGACGAGUUCAGAAGAAUAAGACAAUACCAAAUGAAAAAACAGUUGGUUGGUGAAAAGAGGCUUAAGAAGCAGUUAGGAAAAGGAGCUAAGAGUGAUGAUCUACAGUUGAUCGAAGAAAUGACUGAAAAACUAAAUCAGAAGAAUGCUGAUGGGCUACCUAGAUUAAAGGACAUCGAGCAUUUCCACAAGAAGAAGAAGCAAACUAAGGAAGAACGUCAAGCUCAAUGUGAAAACAAUGAGAAUGAUUAUAGAAAGGUCAAAAAGAAUGGUCCUCAUGUUGGUAGAAACAAUCGCCAAUUGGCUAAGAACAAAGUGUUCGAUAUGGUUAAGAAUAAAGUCCGUGGUAAGAAUCGCCAAAGAUCUUUCCGUGAUCAGCAGAAGAGUCUAAAGAACUACUUGAUGAGGCAGGCUGGAAGAAAGCCAGGAAAUGAGUAA